GUGAGAUGUUUGCCGAAGCUUGGAACAGUACGUGUUUUUUAUCUCGUUUUUUAACUCUGUGAUGACUGAUCUCUUCCUAUUAUAGAUUGUGAUGGUGAAGACCAAGAAGAAGAUGAUGAUAUUGUGGCUGGUGAUGAAGUCGUAUCCAUGAUGGAUCCUAUUCUUCUUUCAAUCAUUCAGCAUCCUGCUCGAUGUAUCUUUUGUACUCAUCGUACUUGUUUUGACGCACAAGUCUUUUUCAGAUUUCAAAUCAAUUCAAUGAAUUGGCAAUGUCCUAUUUGUUGUGUCAAGAUUCGCGGCAUCCAAGACCUUUAUAUUGAUUACCAUACAAAACUAGCUUUGACUCAAUAUCCAAAUCAAGAAAAACUCAUAAGACGUAACGAUGAUACCUAUGCUCCUAUCCAGGAUAGCAUACCAGAGAAAGCGUCGCUCAAGAGGGAGCCUCAUGAAAUCAUUACUAUUCAAGAAGAAGAUGAAGAGCCUGUUAAGAAAAAGAUAAAGCAUUAGCAUGUGAUUUUUGUCAUACAAUAAAAAAAAUAAUAUCAGUGUUUAGAC